AUGCUUUUAGAGAUGAGACUGGUACUUAACUUCCCCAAGAAACCCAGCGAUGUCCUGACCCUGCAGUACCAGCCUUUGACUAUAAAGAACACCUGCUCGCUGCCACUCGACCUUAUGCUGUCCUUGGAGCGGCCGUUUCACGUGUGCAAUGCGAACCGGCAGCCCCUCCCAGAUGGCCAGCCUGUGACAGUGGAUGUAAAGCAGACCUGUCGUCUCUACAUUGCAUUUGACCCAGCUUAUAAACUGGAUUUUAAUAGCUGGAAAGAAGAGAAGGUGCUGAAGAUAGAAAUGGUCAGAGGCCAUCCUUCUGUGGAGGAGAUCACCCUUUGGGGAGAAGUCCACUUCCCGAAUCUCCAAAUCCAGCCCAGCACCCUGGAGUUUGGCUGCGUCAUGGCUGGCACUGAAGAAGUGCAUUCUCUGGAGAUGACCAACUGCAGCCCACUUCCUGUCAAGUACCACUGGGCAUUCCAGACAGACAGCCAGGCGAACAGGGUGAUAUAUGAGCUUCACCCACCUAAAUUUAAACCCAAACCACCAAAGGUGAAGUCGAUCUAUGUGGAGCACCUGCCAACUCAAUGGAGACGCUUCCGGAUUAGAAAUGUGGAGGAGCCAGCCACAACCCUGGAAGAAUCGCGGGAUCUUGCCCAAUCUCCAGGAGCAGAGGUGCCGCCACAUGCUCGUGAAAAGCGUUACAUCCCAGCAGGGCUGGGGCGAUUCAGGUACUCCAUGGACUUACCACACAAAGUGGCGAAGGCUUUCAGUAUCCUGCCGCUGUCGGGUGUGCUGCAGCCGGGAGAGAGACAGCAGGUCUCCUUCACCUUCUUUGGCCACCUCAACACCAUCGCCGGUGUCAGGGCUCUGUGCCACGUGGAGGGAGGCCCCACCUACAAGGUGGAGCUGACCGGGGGGGCCUCACGUGUCAGCUACUCCCUGAGCCCCCGGGAGAUCGACUGUGGCUUACAGCUGAAAGCCCACAUAUAUUUCCAGCUGCUGGCCCUGUCUGUGUUGCUCUGUGUGACUCCCUUGCUGCAUAUGUUUAAUGAAAUUCAUCACAGCACGGUCACCCUGGAGAACACCUGCAAGGUUAAAUUCAGCUGGGUGAUAAACCCUAGCACUGCAGACCGACAUCUGCCUGGUGUGUUUCUGGUCAACCCCAACUUUCCCUUUUAGGAAGACUGUUGGUCAGACGGGCAAAAUUUUC